CGUCAAUCAGAACUCCAUGGAAAAUGCAAAGGGAACACGAAUAACGGUACGCUACAAUUUUAUGGUGAUGAUAACCGCGUUUACGCCAAAUAGGCUAUGCGUGCCGUGUACAAAUAGAUGCACAUAGCAACAGAAACUGGAGAGGUGUUUGCGAAACGCUACGAAAACGAGCGGUCCACCAUUGUCUGCAUAGAAUUUAGGAUGGCCUGGAUGUGGAAGAAGAAGUCGGUGAUCGUCACCAGCCUGAUAGCGGUGGUGUCGCUGUUCGUGGUGGUGGUGAACUACUCGGAGAAGCCUUACUUCCUCCUGCAGCCUGUCUUCGGACAGAGCUUCAGCAGCCGCUGGAUGUUCUCCAGACAGCCUCACAAACCUCACCUGGGCUACGUCAGCAUCCCCAAGCAGGAGCCCCUGAAGCUGCACUGUGACGUGUGCAGCAUCGUGUCCAGCUCGGGUCAGAUUCUGAGCCGGGCGGCGGGCCCCGACAUCGACCGCUCCUCCUGCAUCUGGCGCAUGAACAACGCGCCCACGCGGGGCUUCGAGCACGACGUGGGCCGCCGCACCACCCUGAGGGUGGUGUCCCACACCAGCGUGCCCCUCCUGCUGCAGAAGCCCCAGCUCUUCUUCGGCCAGGCCAACGACACGGUGUACGUGGUGUGGGGCCCGCUGAGGAACAUGAGGACGGACGGGAAGGGCGUGGUGUACAACAUGCUGCGGCAGGCGCUGGGCAACUACCCCGACGCUCGCAUCUACGUCACCACCGAGGACAGGAUGAACUACUGUGACAUGGUCUUCAAGAAGGAGACGGGGAAGGACAGGAUUCAGUCAGGGUCCUACCUCAGCACUGGCUGGUUCACACUCAUCCUAGCCAUGGACAUGUGCAAGGAAAUCCACGUCUACGGCAUGAUCAACGACACCUACUGCAAGACUGAGCACUACAGGAAGGUGCCCUACCAUUAUUACGAGGCGGGAAGCAGGGACGAGUGUGCCGAGUACCUCCUGCAUGAGAGCGCCCCCUACGGAGGGCACCGCUUCAUCACGGAGAAGACCGUGUUCGCCAAGUGGGCCAAGACACACUCCAUCAAGUUCUACAACCCUUCCUGGCAGCUGUCGUGACCCCUGGCACACACAUUUGGGUCUACCUGGGUCACUAUCCAGGGCUCUGGCGAUAUCGGAUGACACACUGGCAUAAAGGCAUGUCUCUCUAUACAGUCUAAAUGUGUUCUGAACAAAACAGUGUAUAAAUGGAUACGUUCUCCACUCCACUCCCAUCCUACACCCCUAAUCCGGAUCUUUCCGCGAAUCCCGUCCAUCAGGCAUCCUGCUGUGUUUGGGGUUCGGGGAUUAGGAAGCCGGGUACUUGUCCUGCUAGGUUCGCAUUCAGGAAGUGAGGGAACCCUCUCCUGGUCCUGGAGUUGAAACGUCAGCAUCCAUGGCCUCUCUCAAAGACAAUCACAGUAGUCCCAUCUUAUUGGGCAGAUAUGAAUUUAAAACAGUGGAAUGUUUUCUGUACCUCCCCUAAACUCGUUACGGGUAGAUGCUGCGACGUAGUUGUGAGGAUGUCUCCACGCAAUCAUCCAAUCACACGAGCGGAACGUUGGAUAGGUGGAUGACUCGGUGGAAUUGUGCCGAAAAAGGACACAUGGGGCCUUUGAUCCAUAGGAUUCCCGGCAUCACCAAUGUUUUGAUGCAGCGUAGAUUUCCUGGCUGAGCCAGACAGACUUUCAUGUCUGAUGUGGGUGUAGUUCGGCCACCGUAUGGGUAGAAGCCAGAUAUCCAUGUAACAACUCCUACUGCUUUGAUGUUCAUCUUGGGUGGUUCUCCUGUCAAGCUAUAAUUUGGUAUAUGUGGCAGACUAGCGUGACUGUACCCUUAAGAAGAAACACAUGAAAACUCCAACAUUGCAAAAUCAUUGCUUUCCUUUUCACUGCGCCGUUCACCUGUAGAACACCUGAAAUGUGUGGUGUUUUUCUUUGGUUUUAAUGCUGUGAAAUCGAUUUUGUAACGGAAGCAUGCCUGUGUAAGCUGGAUGUUCCUUGCGGCUAAUAGUAAUUUAUUUUAUAGCACAGACAGCUAGCUUUCUAACAUUCAGUCAUGUGCCAUCUUAAGACAACAGGGCCAUCCUAACAAUACACAGAGCAACCGUGCAAUUAAAACCCUGUCCUCUCAGACAGACGGAAACGCCGAAGCAACCCAGUAAGGAGAUUGCAGCGAAAAACCGCAUCGAAAGCAAAUUGCUACCCACCAUCAUCUGUGCCUGCGAUAUGAUGUGCAUAGCUCAUACACACGCGCUCUCAUCUCCUAAUCUAUUCCUGUGCCUAUGUUCAGAGGAUAUCACUGUGUUCCCGCGUGCAUAUCUCCCAGUCAGAGUGACUUCAGACACCUGCAUGCUCUCCAGUUCAUGCCUUCACCUCGGUGGGCGACCAUUUUGAACCCCUUGAGUGGGUCCAAAAAAGAAGAAGCGCUGAAGCACAUUAAACAGCAGCCGACAC